UGCGGCGGAGCGGUUCCGAUUUGUUUGACUGAGCGUACGCGUGGAAGUCUCCUUCCGCGCGGCGCCUGAGGGGCUGAGAGAGAGAGGGGGAAAGCCGCGCUCGGCGGCGGGAGCAGAGGCAGCCCGCGCGGAGCCAUCCUCUCGGCCCGGCGGGAUGUUCAAGAACACGUUCCAGAGCGGCUUCUUGUCCAUACUCUACAGCAUCGGGAGCAAGCCGCUGCAGAUCUGGGACAAGAAGGUGCGCAAUGGCCACAUCAAAAGAAUCACGGAUAAUGAUAUCCAGUCACUGGUGCUGGAAAUUGAAGGAACCAAUGUCAGUACCACGUAUAUUACGUGUCCUGCUGACCCAAAGAAGACACUGGGUAUCAAAUUGCCCUUUCUGGUGAUGAUAAUCAAGAAUCUGAAAAAAUACUUCACCUUUGAAGUACAAGUCCUGGAUGAUAAAAACGUCCGCCGCCGAUUCCGUGCCAGCAACUACCAGAGCACAACCCGCGUCAAGCCCUUCAUCUGCACCAUGCCCAUGCGGCUGGAUGACGGCUGGAACCAGAUUCAGUUCAACCUGUCCGACUUCACUCGUCGAGCGUACGGCACCAACUAUAUUGAGACCCUGAGAGUGCAGAUCCACGCUAACUGUCGCAUCCGCAGAAUUUACUUCUCAGACAGGCUGUACUCGGAGGAUGAGCUUCCUGCGGAGUUCAAGCUGUACAUCCCUGUCCAGAACAAGGCCAAGCAAUGAUGAUACUUUUAUGGGAAACCAUCAAAGAUGUGCACUCUGAAGACAGAUGGAACUUUUUUAUUAUUCAAUAUUUAGGUGUUGAUUUGCAUAGAAUAACUGUUAUUUAAUAAAGCUGUCAUCUCUAACUUCUGGGGCAGGACACCACUAACCAUGUCAUUGUUCGAUGUGAGGAACGACCCCUGAUCAGGCUUUUGGUUUAAGGUCAGCCGCUGCGGAUCCGCGGGAUCUGAUCUUUGGUGGACCCCUUGUGCCCUAUUCGGAUGCCAAUGGCUUCCUUUUUAUUAUUAUUGUUAUUAUUAUUAUUUUGCUCUUCCUUUGUUUGAUACCUGCUAUAAAUGUGUGUGGCCUGCUCUCCCUCCAGAAGCAAUUAUUAAAUAUUUGA